UCUAGGGUUUCCUCCGUUACGCCACUCCGCCUCCACUCCUCCCCUCCCUCCCAAGGUAAGCCGGCGGUGGCCAUGACGACGCGCCUCAAGAAGAACCGGAAGAAGCGCGGCCACGUGUCCGCCGGGCACGGUCGCAUCGGCAAGCACCGGAAGCACCCUGGAGGUCGCGGUAACGCCGGUGGCAUGCACCACCACCGCAUCCUCUUCGACAAGUACCACCCGGGCUACUUCGGUAAGGUCGGCAUGCGCUACUUCCACAAGCUACGCAACAAGUUCUACUGCCCGGCCGUCAACGUCGAGCAGCUCUGGUCGAUGGUGCCCGCAGACAAGGCCGCGGAGGCCGCCGCCGGCGCUGACAAGGCCCCGCAGUUGGACGUGACUCAGUUCGGCUACUUUAAGGUGCUCGGGAAGGGGAAACUUCCGGAGAAGCCCAUCGUCGUCAAGGCCAAGCUCAUCUCCAAGGUCGCCGAGAAGAAGAUCAAGGCCGCCGGCGGCGCCGUCGUGCUCACCGCCUAGGGUUCGGUCCUGGUCUUGCCCUCUCUUGGUUUUGAUCUGAACUAGUAGUGGUUUCCUUCUUGUUUCAUCUACCAUUCGUGUUUAAGACGAAGACUUGUUAGCUUCGAAACCUGCGUUGUGAGAUAUCAUCUUAUGAGACAUACUAAUGCCAGCUCAUUUGAAAUGCUCCAGAUAUAUAUCCUUGCUAUCUUUUGCUGCCA